GAAGCUGCUAGUUCUUGGGACAGAUGGCCCUGACUUCAAGUCUCUGCUCCCCUAGGUUCUGGGACAUGACCCAAACACAUGCUCUUUAGGGCUCCCUUAGUUCACGACUCACUCAUGACCCACCCUUGCAGAGCUGGACUCUUCCUUCUUCCACCCGUCUGGGCCCAAGAAAUGCAGCGGAACCACCUGGAGUGAGCCUGAGUUCCUGUCCGUCCGUGUCCGUCGGAGUCCAAGGUGGCCAAAGACUGUCUCUCACCUUGAAGUUUUCACUUGGUGCCAUGGAGGGACAGACGGCUGGAAGCAGAGGCCUUUUGGAAAAGCCUGGGACCGCCAGCCCUGGUCUGUCCUCACUGAGCGCUGCCUUCAUCCUCCUGAAAUCUGCGCUGGGGGCCGGCCUGCUCAACUUCCCCUGGGCCUUCUACAAGGCCGGUGGGGUGGCCCCCGCCUUCCUGGUAGAGCUGGUCUCCUUGGUCUUCCUGAUCAGCGGGCUGGUCAUCCUGGGCUAUGCCGCCUCCGUCAGUGGCCAGACCACCUACCAGGGCGUGGUUCGAGGGCUGUGCGGACCUGCCAUCGGGAAGCUGUGUGAGGCCUGCUUCAUCGUCAACCUGCUCAUGAUCUCCGUGGCCUUCCUUAGGGUGAUCGGGGACCAGCUGGGGAAGCUGUGUGACUUCCUCCUGCCCGCCCUGCAGCCCUGGUACGCUGACCAGCGCUUCACCUUGACCCUGCUCUCCAUGCUGGUCAUCCUGCCCCUGUCCGCCCCGAGGGAGAUCAGGUUCCAGAAAGUCACGAGCUUCCUAGGCACCCUGGCCGCCUGCUACCUGGCCCUGGUCAUCGUGGCGCAGUACUACCUGAGGCCCCAGGACCUUGCUCGUGAGCCCCGUCCUGCGCUGAGCCCUUCCUCCUGGACCUCUGUGUUUAGUGUCUUCCCCACCAUCUGCUUCGGAUUUCAGUGUCACGAAGCUGCUGUCUCCAUCUACUGCAGCAUGCGCAACCAGAGCCUGUCCCACUGGGCCCUGGUCUCCGUGCUGUCCUUGCUGGCCUGCUGCCUUGUCUACUCACUGACAGGCGUUUAUGGCUUCCUGACCUUCGGGACCGAAGUCUCUGCCGACAUCCUGAUGUCCUACCCGGGUGACGACGAGGUCAUCAUCGUGGCCCGAGUCCUCUUCGCCGUCUCCAUUGUGACCGUCUACCCCAUUGUGCUCUUCCUGGGGAGGUCGGUGAUGCAGGAUUUCUGGAGGAGGAGCUGUUGCCAGGAGUGUGGGCCCAGGGCCCUGGCCAACCCCUCGGGGCUGCUGACCGUCCUGUGGGUCACCGUGACGCUCGCCAUGGCGCUGCUCCUGCCGGACCUCAGCGCGAUCAUCGGCAUCAUCGGUGGCGUCAGUUCCUUCUUCAUCUUCAUCUUCCCAGGUCUGUGCCUCAUCUGUGCCAUCGGCACCGAGCCCAUAGGACCACGAGCCAAGUGCUGCUUGGAGGUCUGGGGAGUAGUGUCCGUGCUCAUUGGCACCUUCAUCUUUGGGCAGAGCACGGUGGCAGCCCUCUCGGAGCUCCUAUGAGGGGUGGCCACCCUGGCAGGCGGGGGGCUUCCCUGGGCCACCCUGGGCCCCGCAUGAGACCGAUGUAACCCCAUCAUAAAGAUGCUGGAGAAACUGGUA